AUGGCUGCCAAGUCUAAUGGAGGCAGUGGUAAGCACAACAUAUCCGGCAGUGGUAAGCACAACAUACCUAGUAAUGGUGGUGGUGUCGUGGCAACGAAGCAGCACAAUGCGUCAUUGUCAGGAACGAGUACAAGGGGCAGGGAGUUCGAGGACCCUGAGACAAAGGCAUACAUGAAGGCCAAUGCAGCUAAGGCGUUGUGGCAGCUUGCCAAAGGAAAUGCAGCCAUCUGUAAGAACAUCACAGAGUCAAGGGCUCUGCUCUGCUUUGCUGUUCUUCUUGAGAAAGGUGAAGGUGACGUGCAAUAUAAUUCCGCAAUGGCUCUCAUGGAGAUCUGCUGUGUGGCUGAGCAGAAUUCCGACCUACGACGAUCAGCAUUCAAGCCAACUUCUCCUGCUGCCCGGGCUGUUGUUGACCAGCUCCUACGUGUUGUUGAGAAGGCUGAGUAUGAUGAUCUCCUAAUUCCCUGCAUUAUCUCACUAGGUUGCUUGUCCAGAACCUUCCGUGCUACAGAGACUCGGAUUAUUGGACCAUUGGUGAAGCUUCUUGAUGAGAGGGAAGCAGAUGUCUCUCGAGAGGCAGCAAUUGCCCUGACCAAGUUUGCGUGCACGGAUAAUUACCUGCACGUUGACCAUUCUAAAGCGAUCAUCAGUGCAGGCGGAGCGAAGCACCUAGUUCAGCUUGUGUAUUUCAGUGAGCAGGUGGUUCAGAUUGCUUCACUCACCCUUGUAUGCUACAUUGCACACAAUGUCCCAGACAGCGAGGAGUUGGCACAAGCAGAAAUCCUCACGGUGCUCGAAUGGGCUUCCAAACAAGCUUACAUGAUGCAAGACCCAGUAAUAGACAACUUGUUGCCUGAAGCAAAGAUCAGAUUGGAACUGUAUCAAUCCAGAGGUGCAAAAGGCUAUCAUUAG